AUGAAUAAGCCGUUAUUCGUGAGGAUUGUUGCUGAUCUCACCGCUAGAUUUGAGUACUUUUCACAGACGGAUGAUGCAACAGGCAGACCUGGUUUCACCAACUUACAAAAGUGUGUUGCAACAGUUCGGCUUUUGGCAUAUGGCUAUGCGGCUGACGCGAUUGACGAAUAUCUCCGGAUGGCUUCACCUACUGCUCAUCAAGCUUUGCUGGAGUUCGUCGAAGGAAUAAUAGCUCUUUACGGCGAAAAGAAGCAUCGACUGUAUGCAGUGGGAGUGGAAGAAUUGUCCUACCACUUGGAAAGGCCAAUAUUCACGGGAAAACCGACAAUCGUCUUGGAGGUGGUAGCUUCGUAUGAUCUAUGGAUAUGGCACGCGUUUUUUGGACCUCUAGGUGGUAUAUACCCGAACUGGCCAACUUUUAUCCAAUCUAUUAAACUUCCAAAGGGGCCGAAAGCGAAACGCUUUGCUAAACGUCAAGAAGGUGUCUGA